AUGGUACCUGAUGGAUCCCGCUGGGCUCUCCAUCACCAGCCCCAGGAGCGGAGCCACCGGGGGGCUCACCUCCACGAGUGUACCCAGUGCUCCAAGGUCUUCAGCACCAAAUCCAACCUCACUCAGCACCAGCGCACACACACGGGGGAGAAGCCUUAUGCCUGCGGCCAGUGUGGCAAGGCCUUCAGCAGCCGCUCCUACCUGAUCAUCCACCGCCGCAUCCACAAUGGCGAGAAGCCGUACACCUGCGGCCAAUGCGGCAAGGCCUUCAACGACCCGUCCUCACUGCGGCUGCAUGGGCGCAUCCACACAGGUGAGAAGCCCUAUGCCUGCGGCCAGUGCACCCACGUCUUCCGCACCAGCUGCAAUCUCAAGAGCCACCAGCGGGUGCACCGGCGUGGGGCCCACCACCACGAGUGUGGCCAGUGCGGCAAGGCCUUCAGCACACGCUCAUCGCUCUCGGGCCACAACAGCGUGCACACGGGUGAGAAACCUUAUGGCUGCCCGGCCUGCGGCAAGGCCUUUCGCAAGGCUUCCUACCUCACACAACACCUGCGCACACACACGGGUGAGAAGCCCUACGCGUGUGGCCAUUGCGCCAAGACCUUCAGCAGCAGUUUCUCGCUCACCGUGCACCAGCGCAUCCACACGGGCGAGAAGCCCUACACCUGCGGCCAGUGUGCCAAGGCCUUCAACAAUCGGUCAGCCGUCAAGAAGCAUGUACGCACGCACACAGGUGAGAAGCCCUAUGCCUGCGCCCAGUGUGGCAAGGCCUUCACCACCAGCUCCUACCUCUCCGUGCACAAGCGGACCCACAACAGGUGGAGUUGA